AUGGCCAGUGGUUAAGAAAUAGUUGAUAGAAUUUUAAAAACUUAUGGAGUUGAAUUUGAUUCCACAGUUUCUGGCAAACUUAAUGAGUUUAUGAUUAGAUAUACAAUUGAUAUUUUGCGAUUAGCUAAAAAUUAUUCAAUUUUUGAAUAAAAAGAUACUUUUUCUUUAAUUGAAGUUAGACAAGCAAUUAAGUUAAUGAAAGAAAAUAAAGGUGUAGCUUUUGAUGAAAUGUAAUCUAUUUUCAAGCAGAUGUCUACUCAAAAUUUAGAGGAAGAUAUUUAAAAAACAUCAAUAUACAACCAAAUAUUUUAAUAUGAUGAGAAUGCCCUUCUUAAAUGGUAAUUAAAAACUGAAAUUUCUGAGGAAAUGCGUGAAGAAAUAGAGAGAAGAAAGAUAGAAAAUAAAAAAAUUUAAUAGGAGAAAAAAGAUAAUCCAGAUAUUUUUAAAGAAGAAGUAAGAUUUGGUAAUUAGUAACCUGUUCAAACAUAUACAAAACCUGCAGUAGAGGAAGAUGAUGAUUAUGAAUGA